AUGCCUAGGUAUUCUCUCUUCUGCGAAGUUUUGUCCUGUGUGAAGUCCAAGGAUGUUGUCCCUAAAAUUUAUACUGUACCGAACCUGAACGAAUGUAGUUCCGAAUUUCUUAAGAAUACAGGCCGUGUCGGUGAGGUGUGCAUAUUUUUAACUGAGAGAGCAGCGGUACAACCUUCUAAGAAAAGAAGGUUAUCAUCAUCCCGGAAACACACGACUAUUGAUAUAUGUUCCCCGGGCCAUCGAUUGAUGUCGGUUUCUGUUUGUCACCUGAAUAAAAUAAUAAACAUCUGUUCUAGUUUUAUGGUCCUUUGA